UUCAUUUUCGGCCCACCCAAAACAUUCUUCCUGCAUUUUUGCCCCUUUUGGUUAUCGUCGAUACGAACCCACACACCCCUCCACUCUCUCUCUCAGCUCAAAACAAAGCAUCCCAUCCCACCCCCACAAACCCUAAUCAUCAAGCGCAUCUCACUUCUUUCAUUCCCUUCAUAUUUUCCAUUUUCUGUUCAGAGCACUUUAUGCUUCCUGUGAAGAGGUCAUCGAUAGUUGAAGUCGGAGGAGGUAACGACAACGACGCCAUUUCAGUGGAAAAGAAACUCAAGGCCACCGCUACUGCUAUCGGUGAUUCGUCGACGACGGUGACUAUGGGAGGAACUGAUUCUGUUAGCGCUAACAGCGGCCGCAAUGCCGCUAAUGGCCGUACCGGUAAAGCUCCGCUCGAUCUGCGUAACUUCUCUGAUAUCGACGAGGAUCUUCACAGCCGUCAACUUGCCGUCUAUGGUCGUGAAACUAUGCGUAGGCUUUUUGCGUCUAAUAUUCUCGUAUCUGGCCUGCAAGGUCUUGGCGCUGAAACUGCAAAGAACAUUAUUCUUGCGGGUGUGAAGUCUGUUACUUUGCACGAUGAAGGAAAUGUGGAGUUGUGGGAUCUGUCUAGCAAUUUUAUCUUCACAGAGGAGGACAUUGGGAAGAAUAGGGCACUUGCUUCUGUCCAGAAGUUGCAAGAGCUAAACAAUUCUGUCAUUAUCUCCACGUUGACGGAUGCUUUGACUAAAGAACAACUUUCCAAUUUUCAGGCUGUUGUAUUUACAGAUAUCAGCUUAGAGAAGGCUACUGAAUUUGAUGAUUACUGUCAUACUCACCAGCCUCCAAUUGCUUUCAUCAAAGCUGAAGUUCGAGGCCUUUUUGGUAGUGUGUUUUGUGACUUUGGCCCUCAAUUUGUAGUUGCUGAUGUUGAUGGUGAGGAUCCUCACUCAGGAAUCAUUGCGUCUAUUAGCAAUGACGACCCUGCUCUUGUGUCAUGUAUUGAUGAUGAGAGGCUCGAGUUUCAAGAUGGGGACUUAGUUAUAUUUUCUGAAGUGCAUGGCAUGAUAGAGCUGAAUGAUGGGAGGCCUAGAAAAAUAAAAAGUGCAAGGCCAUAUUCAUUUACUAUUGAAAACGAUACCACAGAGUAUGCAGCUUAUGAAAAAGGGGGUAUCGUCACUCAGGUCAAGGAGCCUAAAGUGUUGAAAUUCAAGCCACUGCGACAAGCAAUUAAGGAUCCUGGUGACUUUCUUCUGAGUGACUUCUCCAAGUUUGACCGUCCACCUAUUUUACACUUGGCUUUUCAGGCACUAGAUAGGUUUGUGUCUGUAUCAGGACGUUUCCCUGUUGCUGGAUCUGAGGAAGAUGCUCAGAAGCUAAUAUCAUUUGUGACUGACAUGAACAAUAGUCUUGUUGGAAAACUUGAGGAGAUUGAUCAGAAACUUCUUCAGAAAUUUGCAUUUGGUGCAAGGGCUGUGCUAAACCCAAUGGCGGCUAUGUUUGGGGGUAUUGUUGGGCAAGAAGUUGUGAAGGCUUGCUCUGGGAAGUUCCAUCCACUUUAUCAGUUUUUCUACUUUGACUCCGUUGAAUCUCUUCCAACUGAACCAUUGGAUCCAAAUGAUUUGAAGCCCUUGAAUAGUCGUUAUGAUGCCCAAAUCUCAGUUUUCGGAAACAAGCUACAGAAGAAGCUGGAAGAGGCAAAAGCUUUUGUUGUUGGGUCUGGUGCGCUUGGGUGUGAGUUCUUGAAGAAUUUAGCUCUCAUGGGGGUUUGUUGUGGUGAAAAAGGAAAGCUAACAAUUACAGAUGAUGAUGUCAUUGAGAAGAGCAACCUUAGUAGGCAAUUCCUCUUCCGUGAUUGGAACAUUGGGCAAGCCAAGUCUACUGUCGCUGCUGCAGCUGCUUCUUUGAUCAAUCCUCACAUUCACAUUGAAGCACUGCAAAACCGUGCAAGCCCUGAAACAGAAAGUGUAUUUGAUGAUACAUUCUGGGAGAAUUUGAGUGUUGUGGUCAAUGCACUAGAUAAUGUGAAUGCCAGGAUUUACAUUGAUCAGAGAUGUUUGUAUUUUCAAAAACCAUUAUUGGAGUCUGGAACUCUGGGUGCCAAGUGCAAUACUCAGAUGGUAAUUCCUCAUCUCACAGAGAAUUAUGGUGCAUCAAGGGAUCCACCAGAAAAACAAGCACCUAUGUGUACAGUUCACUCUUUCCCACACAACAUCGAUCAUUGCUUAACAUGGGCACGGUCAGAAUUUGAGGGUUUGCUUGAGAAGACGCCAGCUGAAGUUAAUGCUUAUCUGAUCAAUCCUAGCGACUACAUAUCUGCUAUGCAAAAGGCUGCUGAUGCACAGGCCAGGGACACUUUGGAUCGUGUUCUUGAAUGCCUCGAUAAGGAGAGAUGUGAUACAUUUGAAGACUGCAUAACCUGGGCUCGCCUGAGGUUUGAAGAUUACUUUGCAGACCGUGUGAAGCAGUUGACAUAUACUUUCCCUGAGGAUGCUACUACUACUAGUGGUGCUCCAUUCUGGUCAGCACCAAAGCGUUUCCCUCGGCCAUUGCAAUUUUCUGUUGACGAUGCCAGUCAUCUUCAAUUUCUUGUGGCAGCCUCGGUAUUACGAGCAGAAACAUUUGGCAUUCCCAUCCCAGAUUGGGUUUACUCUCCUAGAAGGUUAGCUGGAGCUGUUGAUAAAGUGAUUGUCCCUGAUUUCCAUCCAAAGAAAGGUGUGAAGAUUGUGACAGAUGAAAAAGCAACCAGCAUGUCUGCUUCAUCCAUAGAUGAUGCUGCAGUCAUCAACGAGUUGGUGAUGCAGCUGGAAACGUGUCGUCAGAGAUUACCUUCAGGUUACAAGAUGAACCCCAUUCAAUUUGAAAAGGACGAUGACACCAACUAUCAUAUGGACUUUAUUGCUGGACUUGCAAACAUGAGGGCUAGAAACUAUAGCAUCCCUGAAGUGGAUAAACUGAAGGCCAAAUUCAUAGCAGGGAGGAUCAUUCCAGCAAUUGCUACUUCUACUGCUAUGGCCACUGGUCUUGUUUGUCUAGAGCUCUAUAAGGUUUUGGCUGGAGGUCAUAAGGUGGAGGAUUACCGCAAUACUUUCGCCAACUUGGCUCUUCCUUUAUUUUCCAUGGCUGAACCAGUUCCACCAAAGGUGAUCAAGCAUCAGGACAUGAGCUGGACUGUGUGGGACAGGUGGAUUUUGAAAGACAAUCCAACUUUGAGGGAGCUUCUUCAGUGGCUUCAGAGCAAAGGUCUGAAUGCUUAUAGCAUCUCUUACGGGAGCUGCUUACUCUAUAACAGCAUGUUCCCUAAGCAUAAAGAGCGGAUGGAUCGUAAAUUGGUGGAUCUGGCCAAGGAAGUGGCCAAGGCAGAUUUGCCUCUAUACAGGAAACAUUUUGACGUGGUAGUGGCUUGUGAGGAUGAUGAAGACAAUGAUAUUGAUAUCCCUCAAGUGUCCAUUUAUUUCAGGUAGAUUGUUCAUCCUGUAACCAUCACUCACAAGAGUAGCCUGAAAUCAUAGGUUUCAGUUUAUUUUCUUCAUGCUAUGUUUUGGUCUUUCUUGUUGGCAAAGCUAGAUUGAUAUAUUCUUCUCUGUACUAGCCAGCCCGCGUACAAAGUCAGAACCUACUGUCGAGUAGUAAAGAUAUGAUGACUCUUAGAACUUCGAGUAUCUGAUUGUGUCGUGUCUCCAUUUUCUUGCUCAACUAUUUGAUGAAAAUAUAGUUGAUGUUGGUUGGUGGAUUCGAAAUUAUGAACUAACCAUUUGCUUCAGUACUAUAACAUAUAAAUUGCUGCUGCUGUGAUAUUUACGUA